ACAUACAUCGUGUUUACAUAGCGUAUUGCUAUAGUAUACAAUUUUUAUUUCACUAACUCAUAGUUUCAAAUUAUGAAUAAAAUAUGUUAAUAUAUUGAGAAAGUAUUCAGAUUUCUCUUUGUUAAUCUAUAAAAUACUGUAUUUUUCAAUGAUUGUAAAUUGUAUUGUACAAUAGAAUGUAUCAAAAAUUGAUUUAUUGAUUUUGAUAGAUUAAGUUAGAUUUAUAUUGUACAAGUACUGUCACUUUCGGUAUUGCUACCAUUUAAUUUGAUACUAAAACAGGUUAUGCUAUAAUACGCUCGCAAAAUACGAUAUAACAAUAUAUUGUACUAAUUUCUACGAAGUUAAUGUAAAAAUAUACAAUCUUCCUACGUCACAGAGAGAAUGAAAAAUCGAGUGACGCCUUAGCAGUAAAAUGAACCUGAACGAAACCAAUCGAAACGAUCAACCAAAACUUUUGAUCCUGAAUAAUUUCGAGUAAGGGGAUUAUCCCUUUUAAGCUUGUCAAGCAUUAAUUAAAAAAGGAACCUAAUAAAUCCAUCUAAUAAAAUAAAACUUUUAGAAAUAAUUAAUUAUACAAGAUAUUAAAGAAAUGCUGUUGUUGAUAAGGAAAAAGAAUUCUGUUUUCCGCUAAACAAAACCACCGGUUUAAAAUGAACACUUUAUAAUCAAUAAUGACAUUCGUCAAUUCUAACGCUGCUACAAGUUUUCUUUUAUCAUUGUUUGAAAACAUUCAAGAUUGUGUGAUUUUCUGUGGUUUCUUAUGCAGUGAACUAAUAAUGUAAUACCAUUGAAAAUUUAUUUUCAUCCUUCAAGAUCAUGAAUAUAAUCAUGUAGAGUUUAGUAUAAAGAAGAUGAUGCCUCAUUUUGUAGCUCUGACACCCAUAAGAAGACGAUGUCUGAUCAUUCUUUCAAUAGUAUUAGUACCAUGCGCUAUUUUAAAUCUUUUGUCACCAUCAGAGUUACACGAAGAAACAAUUUUACAAAAUAAUAUUGCAGAAUUGCAAGCUAAAUUGGAACAUCUACAUGCUAAAUAUGUUACAAGUCAGGAAGAAAUAAAUCUAUUAUCACACCAGUUGUUACAAUUGAUAGAAAAUAAUCACAUUUUACCAGAUCUACAAUUUCUUCUGAAUAAUGUUACAUCAAAUGUGACCAAUAUAAAGUUGCCAUCUAUUUACAAUUUUCUUCCUCAUUUUUUGAAUGAUCCUGGUAGUCUACGGCCAUCAUUUGUUCAAAGUAAAGGGCGUACAGGAGUCAGUAUGGUAUUAGGUGUACCAACAGUUAAAAGAGAAGUACAGAGUUAUUUAUUGGCCACUCUUAAAAACUUAUUGGAUCGGAUGAGUCCUGUGGAAACAACAGAUACUUUAAUCAUUGUUUUAAUUGCAGAAACAGAUUUGGAAUAUGUGUCAUAUGUUGCAAAACAAAUUGAAGUUCAAUUUCCAACCGAAUUUGAGGCUGGUGUAAUUGAUGUCAUAUCUCCAUCUGCAUCUUACUAUCCAGACUUAUCUAAAUUACGUGACACUUUAGGUGAUGAUCACCAAAGAGUAGUCUGGAGAUCUAAACAAAAUUUAGAUUUUGCAUUCCUUAUGUCGUAUGCUCAGACAAAAGGGACAUUUUAUGUACAAUUAGAAGAUGAUAUUUUAGCUAAAAAAAAUUUUAUAAGUACAAUGAAAUCCUUUGCAUUACAAAAAAUUGCAACAAAAGAAAACUGGUUUGUUUUGGACUUUUGUCAAUUAGGAUUUAUUGGAAAAUUAUUUAAAUGUGCAGAACUGCCAUGGCUCAUCCAAUUUUUUUUAAUGUUUCACAAUGAUAAACCAGUUGAUUGGUUAUUAGAUCAUUUAGUAUCGACCAAAGUUUGUAGCCUUGACAAAGAUAGUAAACAUUGUAAGAUGGCUAAGGCAGAAUUAUGGGUUCAUUAUAAGCCUUCUCUUUUUCAACAUAUAGGAACACAUUCUUCAUUAAAAGGAAAAGUACAGAAAUUAAAGGAUAAGCAGUUUGGAAAAAUAACAUUGUAUUAUGCACAUGAAAAUCCAGAAGCAACUGUAGAAACACAAAUUAAGCCUUACAAACAAUAUACAUUACAAAAAGCAUAUAAAGGUGAAUCAUUCUUUUGGGGUUUAUUGCCGCAGCCAGGAGAUCACUUAAAAUUCAAAUUUUCGCAUCCAAUUUUUAUAAAAAGGUACUUAUUUAGAAGUGGAAAUCCCGAACAUCCAUCUGAUAGAUUUUAUAAUACAACAGUAGAAGUUUUUACGGAACUAUCUUCAUCAUUAAAUAGAAAUAGUAAUGACAUUACCGAAGAUGGUUAUGUCGUUAUAGGAAAAUUCGAUGCACUUGGGAUUGCUCAAGGAACAGUAGAUCGAAAAUUAGGAAAAAUAUUGGUACUUCGCUUGACGGUACACAGCGAAAGUGAAAAUUGGGCAAUCUUAUCUGAGAUUCAUAUAGUUGAAGAUCACCCUAGUUGACCCCCGGAAAAAAUAUUACGAAAGUUUUUUCGACACCAUUUACAGGGGUAAUACAUUUAAUAAUAAAUUAUUAAAUUAUUUUUUAAUUUUAUUCCUCGUAUCAUUAUGUUUUGAUACAUUAUAAAUUAAAUAUUGUUUGUUUAAUACCGUCCAACGUGAGAAACUUAAUUAAAUAAUGUUUUAACGCAGUUUUUAGAGCUCGAAUUUUUAAAAUUGCAUUUGGAGCGUAUUUUGCAAUAUUAUCAUGUGUAUUAGGACAAUGUAAAUUAUAUUUUUAUUAUACAAAUUUUAUUUUUCUUCCUAGUUCAAUUUCGGAACAAAUUAUGAAAUUUUCGACCAGUUUUGUCAGUUAUCUAAUCGAAACAGUACCUGCCUAGUAAAUAUUAUUUUGUUUAUUAGAAAUCAAAAUACAGUUUAUAAUUUUAUGAAUUUCUUGUAAGAUCUGUGGCUUUUCAAUCUCAAGCACAAGAUUAUUAAUAUUCAUAAGAAUGCCGUAUACUUAACAUGGCGAUAAAAAUAAGUGCCAGACUAUUUUAAGAAAUAUAAGGCCAAUUAAACAAACACAUGAUUUAUCUUUUCGUAAGAAAAAGAUUUUGAAAAAAGAAAAAAAUCGUUGAAGAAAUAUACAUGUUUGUAAUAUGUGUAAUUAUGUGCAAUUUAUCAAUUUUCUGUAAUAUAUAAUUAAAAGUAUACUAUUGAAGAUCUAGAUUUGAAUAUUUGUUACACUGUAAAAAGCAAACGGUGAUAUGAAAUUUGUAUUGUUCUC